AUGAGUCGGCAGCUGAACGCCAGAGCCGGAGGUUGCAGCAGGGGCUUCGGCAGCAUCUCUGCGAUUGUUUCCAGUGGGGGCAGAUCCAGCUGCACCUCUCUGAGCCGAGGAAGAAGUAGACACUGUGUCUUUGGCAGCAGAAGUCUCUAUAAUCUAGGCGGGAUUAAAAGCGUUUCCAAUAGCUUGAUUGGUGGAGGCUGGCGGCUCGGCGGUGGCUUUGGUGGUGGAUUUGGCACUAGUGGCGGGGCUGGUGGCUUUGGUGGUGGUGGGUUGUUCAGUGGAGGAGUUGGUGGUGGGAGGAGUAGCCCUGGGUUCUCUAUUUGCCCACCUGGUGGCAUCCAAGAAGUGACCAUCAACCAGAACCUGCUUGUGCCACUCAACCUGGAGAUCGACCCAGAGAUCCAGAAAGUGCGAGUGCAGGAGAGGGAGCAGAUUAAGACCCUCAACAACAAGUUUGCCUCCUUCAUCGACAAGGUCCGAUUCCUGGAGCAACAGAAUAAAGUUCUGGAGACCAAAUGGAACCUGCUGCAGCAGCAGCCCACAUCAAAUGCUGGGAACAACCUGGAGCCCGCCUUUGAGGCCUACGUUGGCAGCCUAAGGAAGCAUCUUGAUAGUCUGGUGGGGGAGAGGGGAAGGCAGGACUCAGAACUGAAGAACAUGCAGGAUCUGGUGGAGGACUUGAAGCACAAGUAUGAGCAAGGCCACGGGAAAUCAGCCCUUCCUGUUCUUGAAACUGUCACCUGUUCCCCUGAGCUUGAAAGAAUGAUCUCCAUGGCCAUUUUUCAGGACUUGGAUGCUGCCUACAUGAAAAAGGUGGAGAUGGAGGCCAAGGUGGCUGCCAUGACAGAUGAGAUCAACUUUCUGAGAGCCCUGUAUGAGACGGAAUUGGCACAAAUGCAAAGACAGAUCAGUGACACCAGCGUUAUCUUGUCUAUGGACAACAACCGAGCCCUGGACCUGGAUGGGAUCAUUGCUGAGGUGAAGGCUCACUAUGAAGACAUGGCCAACAGGAGCCGAGCUGAAGCCAACUCCAUGUACCAAGGCAAGUUUCAGGAGCUUCAGGUCACUGCUGGGAAACACGACAAUGAUCUGAAAAACUCCAAGCUGGAGAUCUCGGAGCUGACGCGGCUGAUCCACAGACUGCAGGCUGAACUUGAAAAUGUGAAAAAACAGUGCGCCAAACUGCAGUCGGCUGUUGCCGAGACAGAGGGAUGUGGGGAGCUUACCCUGAAGGACGCUAGGGAAAAGCUGGUUGAAUUGGAAAUGGCCCUGCAGAAAGCUAAGGAGGAGACGGCUCGUUUGCUGCGUGAUUACCAGGAGCUCUUGAAUGUCAAGCUGGCCCUGGAUAUUGAGAUUGCCACAUACAAGACGUUGCUAGAGGGAGAAGAAUGCAGGAUGUCUGGAGAGUGUGCCAGUGCUGUGAACAUCUCGGUAGUCAGCAGCAGCUCUGGAGGCGGGAGUGGGAUAAGCUGGGGAGGAGGAGGAGGCAGGCUCAGUGUCGGAGGAGGCAGCUCCAGCUCUGGAAGUGGAAGAGGCAUUGGAGGAUACAGCUAUGGAGGCAGGGGAGGUAGUUCCUGUGUGAAAAUCAUAUCGACGACCUCUUCAAGCAAAAGAACCACCAUAUGCUAAAGCCUAGGAACUGUAGUUACUAUCACCUGAGCUACCAGAAGAUUUCCUUUAUUGUGGCAUAGUGGGCAGAGCACUGGAUUGGGACUCAGAAGACCUGGGUUCUAUUCCCAGCUCGCCCACUUCU